AUGACUCAGUCAGUGCUCUCCAACCGAGCACAAGCCGUGGUCAAUGCAGGAGCUGGUAAUCCCAUGUGGGAUGUGAUGAGCGAUGUGUGGUGUCCCGCCAAAAACCCCAAUGGAUACAUCAACGUCGGCGUGGCAGAGAACACAUUAAUGCAUGACGAACUAUUGAAGUUUCUCAACCAAAAGCUCGAACUGCCCGCCAAAUACCUCACAUACAAUGAGGGCGGAACGGGAUCAUCCAGAUUGAAGAAAUCCAUUGCUUCAUUCUUGAAUCAUCAUCUCAAGCCUGUCACACCCAUUGAGCCCAGCCACCUGAUGACCACCAAUGGCGUCUCGCCUGCAAUCGAGCAUGUUGCAUGGGCAUUCGCAGAUCCCGGAGAGGGCAUCUUGUUGGGCAGACCGUAUUACGGCAUGUUUAUCCCUGAUAUCUCGCUCCGUUCCGGUAGUCCCGUCGUGCCCGUGAAAUUUGACGAACACGACCCUCUCAGCCUGGAGGGCGUGGACAAGUACGAGGAGGCUAUUUUGGAAUUUCAACAGCGGACUGGAAAGAAAGUCAAGGCCUUGAUGCUUUGCCAUCCCCAUAAUCCACUCGGACGCUGCUAUCCCAGAGAAGUCCUCAUUAAGAUUAUGCGGCUUUGUCAGAAAUACCAAGUCCAUCUGAUCAGCGAUGAGAUCUAUGCUCUCUCAAUAUUCGAGAAUACAGUCGACGAUCAUCCCGCACCUGUCCCGUUCGAGUCUGCCCUGUCCAUCGACCCAGCCGGUAUCAUUGACCCGGGUCUUGUCCAUGUCCUGUGGGGCAUGAGCAAGGAUUUCGGCGCGAAUGGAAUCCGACUGGGAGUCAUUAUUUCCCAGGCCAAUCGCAAUGUACACAGCGCCUUACAGGGAACUGCUCUUUAUUCCCAAGCUUCGGGAAUCACGGACCACCUGACCUCUCUCCUACUUGAAGACUACGACUUCACCAACCAAUAUAUUCAACAAAAUCAGAAGAAGCUAUCCGAAGCCCAUGGGUACACUACGAGUUAUCUCAAGCAGCAUGGUAUUGAAUAUGCAACUGGAUGCAAUGCCGCUUUCUUUGUGUGGAUGAAUCUUGGCAAGCGAUAUCGUGAGCUUCACCCCGAGGCUGGGAGUGAAGACAUUGAAGAAAAGGUGAUGCAGUGCCUUCUUCAGAAGAAGGUAUUCCUGGCUACUGGGUUUUUGUUCGGGUCUGAAAAGAAGGGCUGGUUCCGGAUCGUUGUCACGCAGGGCCACGAGCUGUUGUCAGUUGCUCUGCAACGAAUCGUUGCAGCACUCGAGUAA